UUAAUCUAAUGAUAGAGUGGGGAAGCUGAAUGCAUCGCCGUGGGCUGUGAAGAAGAUCAACAGCAAAUGUGCCUCCAAACAGCUGGAUAUUUACCAGAAGCGCCUCAACGAGGAAGCAGAAGUCCUGAAGGGAAUCAGUCACCCCAACAUUGUCGGUUUUCGAGCCCUUGCCACAGCCAAAGAUGGCUCCAAGUGUCUGGCCAUGGAGUACGGUGGAGAGCAGUCCCUCAACGACCUGAUAGAGAAGAGGAGGGAGGAGGGCCUGAAGGCUUUUCCCGCCGCCAACAUCGAGAAAGUGGCGCUGCACGUGGCUCGCGGCCUGCAGUAUCUGCACACGGAGAAGAAGCUGCUGCACGGUGACAUGAAGUCAUGCAACGUGGUCAUCAAAGGGGACUUUGAGACGGUGAAGAUCUGUGAUGUGGGCGUUUCUCUGCAGCUCGAUGAGAACAUGAGAGUGUCCGACCCGGACGCCGAGUACAUCGGCACGGAGCCGUGGAAGCCAAAGGAAGCUCUGGAGGAGGGAGGAGAGAUCACAGACAAGACCGACAUCUUCGCCUACGGCCUGACUCUGUGGGAGAUGAUGACUCUGGCCAUGCCUCACCUGGAGAUGUUGGAGGAUGAUGAUGACGAAGAAGACGAGGAAGAAGAAGACUCCAUUGAGGAGAGCUUUGAUGAGGACGCUUACUACGAGCGUUUGGGGACGAGGCCGGAGCUGGACGCAGAGGCUCUGGGCGGCUCGUACCGGAGGGUGGUGGAGCUGUUCUACGUCUGCACAGAGGAGGACCCCAAAAAGAGACCGUCUGCAGCUCAGAUCCUGCAGGCUUUAGAGAGCAACGCCCCGCUGGACAGAGCGCCCUCUGAGGUGAUCGUUAUCGACUGAGCUCCUCCCAAAUGUUUCCACCCAGGUUUGAUUAUUCUGUGGCCUUUAGGGUCCAGCAGGCCAGGGAGGGCAGAACGAACGAAACCGCCUUCAUAUAUUUCCCCAAACUACAUGUAAAAUUUCAUUUUCAUGUUACUCUGUUCUCUUUUCUGUCUUGUAUCGUUGACAAUAUAAAUGUUUUUACUUUGUUACUCUGUCGCUCACAGUGAACUUUGGUUAAACUUCUCUUAUAUUUCAUGUUUAAAUACAAACUGUAAUGACCUUUGUUGGGUCUAUUGCCUCAGUCUGUGGGAGCUUUAAACCUCUUCAAGUAAAUUGUGGCAACUUAUUUAUCAAAGAAUAGUUUCUCUUCUGUGAUAUGAAACUAUUCUGUAUGCAUGUCUCACCUUUAGUCAUUACUCAGAUAAAAAUAUUCUCAGUUAAAGACAUUUUAUAUGAUCUAGAGAUAUUUUUAGGACAUAAAUAAAAAGAUGAAUUGGAUAAGCAUUUCUGUCUCAUUUCAACAGUUUGACAGCUUUUUGUAGUUAAGGUGGAUAAAGAACAGGCUGCCAU